GGCACCGCCACAGCUCGGUGGGGCGAUUGCUCGGGUGCACGGGAUUUCGUGGCACUCGAAAAUUGCUCGGAACAACCGAUCGACGGCAUCUUCGACAUCAAGUGUCAAUUGGACGGGGUGAAGGUCCCGACGCCCGCGAUAAAUCGCAACCAAGAAUCAUCCUCUGUCCCCAGCGCCCGAACAUGAUCUCAAGAUCGGCCAUUGCCAGGGGAGGUCGCCUGGCCUUCCACCGGCGCGUCUGCGCCCAAGUCGCCCAGCGCGGCUUUGCCUCGCCGGCGGCAGGUGCGCCGGGCACCACCUCCGCAUCGUACGAGCCGGCAGAUAUCGCCGGAAUCAAGGUCGCCUCCAAGGACGCCCACGGCCCGACUACCAAGCUUGCGCUCGUUGCCAAGGCCGGCACGAGGUACCAGCCGCUGCCUGGCCUGACUGUUGGCCUGGAGGAGUUCGCAUUUAAGAACACGCAAAAACGGUCCGCCCUGCGCAUCACACGGGAAGCCGAGCUUCUGGGCGGCCAAUUGAAGGCUUACCACACGCGCGAGGCCGUUAUCCUUGAGGCCGCAUUCCUGAGGGACGAUCUCCCCUACUUCGUCGAGCUGCUGGGCGAGGUUGCCAGCCAGACAAAGUACACGACUCACGAGUUCCACGAGCAGGUCGAGCCCAUAAUCCACCACUCCCAGGACAAGGUCUCGCACGACGCCCUUGCCCAAGCCGUUGAUGGCGCACAUGCCGUCGCUUUCCACACCGGGCUUGGUUCAUCAAUCUACCCCUCGAGCACGACACCCCUGUCCGGCUACCUGAACGAGAACUCGGUUGCGGCUUUUGCCGAGUCGGCCUACAUCAAGCCCAACGUUGCUCUUGUCUCGGACGGCGCCUCGCAGGCAGGCCUGUCAAAAUGGGUUGAGCGCUUCUUCAAGACUCUCCCGAGCUCGUCAUCAAGCUCGCUGUCGCUCGCAGACGCGCCCUCCAAGUACCACGGCGGCGAGCAGCGCUCGGUUGCCGCGGGAAAGAGUGCCAUCGUGAUCGCCUUCCCCAGCACCAGCCUCUCUGCGCCCAAGUCGGAGAUUGCCGUUCUCGAGGCCCUGCUCGGUGGCAAGUCUAGCAUCUCCUGGUCGACCGGAUUCACCCUCCUGUCCAAGGCCGCCACCGAUGCCUCGGGCGUCCAAGCCCUUGCCAAGAACUACGUUUACUCGGACGCUGGCCUUCUGACCAUCCAGAUCUCGGGCCCCGCGGCUUCGGUCCGCAAGGUUGCCGAGGAGUCUGUCAAGGCGCUCAAGGCUGUCGCUCAGGGUGGUGUUAGCAAGGAGGAUCUGACCAAGGCUAUUGCCAAGGCCAAGUUCGAUGCCCUCACUGUCCACGAGCUCACAGGCGCUGGCCUCGUUGCUGCUGGAAACAGUGUGCUUCACGGUGCUAAGCUUUUCCAGGCUGCUGGUGCCAUCAAGAGCUUCGGGUCGGUAACUGCCGAUAACGUCAAGGCUGCUGCGAAGGCACUUGUUGAUGGUAAGGCGUCGGUUUCUGCCAUUGGGGACUUGCACGUACUCCCGUACGCUGCGGACCUGGGGCUGAACGUAUAAGCGAGUGGAGGGGAAACUGAUGUACCAACAACCUUGUCGCCGCUUUGGCGAGUCCGUCCUUCUGCACAUAGUUAAAGUAAAGACACCUAGACAAAAUCCUGCUUUAAAGGUUCAAAGGACAAAAAAGAACAUCGUCAAUGGAGCGAAUGAAAGCCCACA